AGAUCCACGAACAUCCGCACUCCCACCAAAUGGCUCGACUCUGCUCAUCCACAGCCUCUACAGAUCUACCACUCGCCAUCGCGGUACACCUCGUCAGUGGCUCACGUACCAAAAUGUGAAUGUGUGAUGAUGCCAUGUAGCCUGGUGCUGGCCUCUGCGCUUUUUUACGCACAGGAUACCGGGGAGGACCACCUAAGACAGUGUCCUUGUCUCACAGUGCGUUUGACGCCUUGACCUUUGGUCGUCAGCGGAUGACAAAUCAAAGGUCGGUGUGAGUGUGAGUGUGAGUGUGUGUGUGUGUGUGUGUGUGUGAGAGAGAGAGAGAGAGCGGGGAGCCGGGAUUCCAAGCGCAUCUCCACCACGGCACAAGAAUGGUAGAAAGCGCCCAGCAAGUUGGUCGAUAGCCCCGGAGGUAGCUUCGGUGUCGGCGGCGGCGCACUCGGAGGCUCCACAGCGGCCACCCUUGGACCGAAGGCGGGCCCGCUGAGAGAGGAGGACUGCAGCACCAUGGACAGCUCAGAUAUGGAUGCCAAUUAUGGCGGAGGACUGUUGGAUAUGGUGAAGGGAGGAGCUGGGAAGUUCUUCAGCAACUUCAAGGACAACCUGAAGGACACGCUGAAGGACACGUCCACCAAGGUUAUGCAUCAGGUUGCCACGUACACUAAAGGGGAGCUGGACAUUGCCUACAUCACAUCACGCAUCAUAGUAAUGACAUAUCCAGCAGAGUCGGUACAGAUUGGGUAUCAGAACCACGUGGAGGACAUCCGCUCCUUCCUCGACAGUCGCCAUGCCGACCACUACACUGUUUUCAACCUGUCACAGCGCAACUACCGUGGCGCCAAAUUCUCCAACAGGGUGUCAGAGUGUAACUGGCCGUCCCGCCAGUCUCCCGGCCUCCACAACCUGUUUGCUGUGUGUAAGAACAUGCACAACUGGCUCAAACAGAAUCCCAAGAAUGUGUGUGUCAUCACCUGCUCGGAUGGCCAUGCUCUUUCAGGUGUCCUGGUCAGUGCCAUGUUCUGCUUCUGCCACCUCUUCAACAACCCAGUUCCUGCCAUGCAGCUGCUCAGCGCCAAGAGACCGGGUUCAGGCCUCUGGCCUUCACACCACAGGUACAUCGGUUACGUGUGCAGCAUGGUGUCAGAGAAGCCCAGUCUGCCGCACUCCAAGCCCCUGGCGAUCAAGGCCCUCACCAUGAGUCCGGUCCCCUGCUUCAACAAACAGCGCAGCGGCUGUCGGCCCUUCUGCGACGUCCUCAUCGGAGAGACAAAGAUCUUCACCACUGCGCAGGAGUACGAGCGGAUGAGAGAGCACAGGAUCCAAGAAGGGAAGGUGGUGUUCCCCCUGGGCGUAAGUGUGCAAGGAGACGUCGUGGUUUCCAUCUACCACAUGAGGUCAACCAUUGGAGGUCGUCUGCAGGCCAAGGUGUCCAACACCCAGAUCUUCCAGAUCCAGUUCCACACUGGCUUCAUCGCUCCCGGAACCAACGUGUUGAAGUUCAACAAGCCAGAGCUCGACGCAUGUGACUCUCCUGAGAAGUAUCCCCAGCUGUUCCACGUGAUACUGGACGUGGAGGUCGAGGGCGUGGACAAGCAGAAAGACCUGACGCCGCCGUGGGAGCAGUUCCCCUGCAAAGACCUCAGCCCCAGCGUGCUGUUCUCCUGCCACCAGGAACAUCAGGACGCCCUGGCCAUUGCUGAGCCGAGCCGGCCCCACGGAGGCCCAGACGGCCGGGGCCACGGCGAAGAAAGCGAGCCCUCGGACGACGAGAUGCUCUCCCUCUCCAGCCAGCGGAGCAAUGCCGGCGCGGCCCCCCAGAGACCCGACCCUCUGGUCCAAACUCCUGCGGCACCUGCGCCCGCUGAAGAAGUUGAUCUUCUGGGCCUGGAUGGGGAGGCGGUCAACCGCCCGUGCUCCUCGUCUCAGCCCCCGUCCACUGCGGCCGCAGCCACUGACCUGCUAGGGGAUUUAUUUGGGGCCGCACCUCAGCCGUCCAGUGGGCCGUCAUCCGCACAGUCCACACCACACAAAGUAGUCCCCAACACCGCCUCGCCAUGUCACUCUCCUGCACCAGCAUUCGAUCCCUUCGGGACCGGUCCCAUGCCGAAGCCUCAGGACGUGAUGGGCUCAUUCCUCGGACAAGGUAACGUGGGGCAGCCAGACCCCUUCCUGCAUGCUGCUCGCUCUCCGUCACCCACCCUGCAGCCCACGAGCCUGGGCCGGAGUUCCCCUGUUCCUCCCUCGACCCCAACUGUCAACAUUCAGCAGCAAAAUGCCAAGGGAGGAUGGGACUGGAACAGACCGGCAACCACAGGCACAGGCCCAGGCUUCGUUAUGGGCAGCCGGUCAGCCACUACCAGCCCCACAGGCUCAGUCCACAGCACCCCCACCCACCAACCCAAGCCAAACACCCUGGACCCGUUCGCUGACCUAGGCAACCUGGGGGGAAGCCUCGGAGGGGGCACCGGCUUCUCCAGCAAACCCACCACACCUACGGGAACUACCCCGUCUUUCCCCCCCAUGGGCUCCCCGUCACGGCCUCCUCCGUCCCCACAGCAUGCAGGAGGGUGGCAGUCUCACGCGGGGGCCAGCUUCCCCUCCUGGCAGCCAGGUGCCGGAGGCGGUGCGGGAUGGCAAGCCCAAGGACCGGGGCCCGCCCCGCAGCCAAAGCCCAGCCCCAGCCACACCCCCAUGCCUCACACGUCGCCCCAGAACCGACCCAACUACAACGUCAGCUUCUCUGCGAUGGGAGGGGGCUCGCCCAGCGCAGGGGCCAAAGCACAGGCCGCCAUGGGCUCCAAGCCCAAGGCCUCAGCUGCCAACUUCGACGACCUGCUGUCCGGUCAAGGUUUUGCAGGGUCCAAAGAGAAGAAAGGGCCCAGGACGAUUGCAGAGAUGAGGAAGGAGGAGAUGGCCAAAGAGAUGGACCCAGAAAAAAUUAAGAUUCUGGACUGGAUCGAGGGGAAGGAGCGCAACAUCCGCGCCCUGCUGUCCACCAUGCACACCGUGCUGUGGGAGGGAGAGACGCGCUGGAAGCCCGUGGGCAUGGCCGACCUGGUUACUCCCGAGCAGGUGAAGAAGGUCUACCGCAAGGCAGUCCUGGUCGUCCACCCAGACAAGGCAACAGGACAACCGUAUGAACAAUACGCCAAGAUGAUUUUCAUGGAACUGAAUGACGCCUGGUCAGAAUUCGACAGCCAAGGACAAAAAACCCUCUACUGAGUGAAUAUUGACAAGGGAAUGAAUGAGGGGAGGUUAUUUCCCCUGCAGAUUCAUCUCACCCCCCCCCCCCCCCAAAAAUAAAAAUAAGUCACCAUCACUGGUCAACAUACUACAGCUCCAUCCUACAACAUCCGCCUUUAUACCUGUGCUUCGACCCGCACCUCUGAAACACGGAACGGCCAGUUGAUCUGCAAAAGAGGCUACGGAACUCCAGCGCUCAGACCAACGGUGCAACUGGACAAAUGACCCCCGUUACCUCUUAUGCACCCACCCACUGUACUGUAUGUAUGUGUGGUUCCUUCCGUGUUGAGUGUCCUUACUAGACCCCCAACCAAACCGCCAAUCGAGAGCAGAGUCACCGGGACGACUGGAGAAACAGAGGCGCGUCUGAUUCGGAGGAGACGGGCCCCAAGAGACGAAGGACACGGGAGAUAAGAGAAAAACACAUCAGGCAGCCAAAGUGAAGGGAGCAUUUCGCGGAGAGACAGACUGCUCCAGCUAGUGAUACAGAGCGACCACAUAGUCUGUAAGUAACAACAGCAGGCGUUUCCCCCGUAAGACGUCUUGUGUGAAAGUUGGAUCUGUGAUCAGUUCUGUUGAAUCGACUCCAGCUCUUGGUGCAGUUGAAAGAAAAACAGAGUAGCAGCGUCUCAUUACUGUACUUUUUUGGCUUUAAUCGAACUAAAGCCAAAUGGGUUUUUCAUCCAAAUGAUGGUGCGAAUAUAGGUACGAAAUAACUAAUUUAUGAAGCAUUGCGGCUGUAAAGAAGGGAAACGGAGGCUGAAAACAGCUGUGGCUGGCUUUUGACAGUGACUCUUCCGUCCCCCCAUGAGCCAUACUGCACAUGUAAGGAUAGUUCAUAAUAAUAAAUAGGUGUUGUUGUUUUUUUUUCCAACAAUAAGAGCACACGAUUCCUGCUUUAACAUUCAUGACAAUAAAACUGUUCGUAGAGUAGGAGAGCCGCUUAUCAACGCUGCGUCUGAUGUGAUCAAGCCGUGUGUGUUUCCGCAUGUGCAGGGAAGUGGGGAUUAUAUAUUUUGGGAUUAGCACAUGUACAGGUCCAUACAUGAAGCACCUGGAGGCCUCAUGCAUACGCACUCAUACGGUAUCAAUACAGUCGUUUUGCGAGGGAGCUCUCUGAAAGCACAAACUGACUGAAGGAAGCCAUUGUUAUUUUUUUAUUAGCUAAUUUCUUGUUGUCGUCGUCGUGAACUACAAAUGUCAUCGGGUAAAGAGUGUGGACGAAAAGAAGAGAUCAGUUCAGUUAACCCGUGCUGUAAACCGAUUGACUGAAUGAGAGACUGCAAUACCUUUGUUUCCCCGCUCACGUGAGGUGUCUGUCGCCUCCCACAAACUUGAUUUUUACAGACGUAGGUUCAUUCCGUCAUUAGAUUCACAUGUUCAUCGCGUUGAGUCGCUUGGGAAUUAAUCUGCUUGACCGCAUCUCCCUUCAUGUUUCAGUUUUAUCAAAGAAUCUCUCACCGGCAGGGAUUACGAAGCUGUCCCCUUUCUUUUUCACGACUUGAUUUAUUCUGUUUACAUUUGAGAGAGAUAUUUCUGUCACAGCGCUGACAUUUGGUAACACAGAUAUCGUUUCAUAUCAACCGUGGAGGAACAAGUGUUGCCGUUUGCAAUAGUUUAAACCCCUGACUCAAAUCUACAUGAUUCCACCUAACUGAAUUAUCUUAUCAUGAGCGCCGGGGCCACUCUGACAUUUCUUUUAGGGGUUUGUGGUUUUCACAGGCAUCUAAUAUGAACAUAUUCACCCUCAACUCUGUGUUACUGCUACUGGAAAGUCCAGUAAAUCUGUUUCAUUCUGAUAUUUGACCCUCGUUAUGAGUUCUAAACUGUUUUUUUAAAAUCCAUCCAUUUGAACGCAUUUAAAUGAUGAAACUUUUGAAGUGCUUUAGGGCAAAUUUUCCUUUCUGCUGUGACGAUUCAAAUGAAGCACGAGAUGCUUUUCUGUUUCUUUGUCAUUCUCGAUAUCCAUCGUAAUGUCGUUUUCUCUUCACCGGAGUUCGUUCUUUCCCUUGUGGGUUGUCUGAAUAUCGAACCGUUGCAUCAAGAGUCUGCCCAGCAGCUACAAGGCGCCGUUACUUCAACUGGUUUUGGACCCGGAAUGGAUUAAAUAACGGGAGGAAAAACUGUGUCUCGACAGAAAUGGACACUGGGUCCCAGAAUGAAAACACUGAACUCUGCAUCUUGGGGCUCCUGCUCUCGUUGGUGACUUACCAGACACAGGAAGUGUGUGUGUACGUGUGUGUGUGUGUGUGUGUGUUUACUUACACUGAGGACCUUCAUGUGAAAUAAUCCUCAUACGCUCCCCUCGCUGACUGACUUCUCCACCUGAAAUCUUACGGCUAUGUAAAAAAAAAAAAAGAGGCUAAUCUCUGUAUUGUAGUCAAUGAAUGUGUGUUGUUUGAAACUGUGCUAUGUAUGAAAGUGAUCAGAUUUGGAUACAGACAACUGUAGGUCAUGUGUUUGCCUGUCUGCUGUUCCAAGUAUUGCUUAAUUGUGUAAAAAGAAUAAUAAUAAUAAUAAUCUGUUCAUGUGUUCUGUUUACGGUCACAGGAUGUACAUAAUGAUCAAGUGCAGUGCACAGGAAUAAAUAGUAAACAGAAA